AAAUUCAGUUUGCCGUUAAGCCACAUUCUCGCGAUCAAGUCUUAUAUAUAAGGAUUUGAAGUGUUACUAAACUGUGCUGAGAUAAGUAAUAGUCUCUUCUGUCUUCGUAUUGCGGUGGCUUUCAUGAGUAGCACUAGUGCAAGUGACAUGUUCUAUUACUCCCUAUUCAUUAUCUGGUUCUUCACUGCCCUCCUCGUCCAUUCGCUGAUCCGGUCGUUCUUGAAGCCCCGCCCUGAGGACAAGUCCACUGUCGUACAGAAGCCUCCUCCGAGCCCGCGGGCUCUUCCCUUCAUUGGCCACCUCCACCUGAUCGGCAAUGUUCUUCCAGUGUCCUUCCAGAACCUGGCCCGACGUUACGGGCCCCUCAUGCAGCUCCGCCUCGGGUCAUCAUCCUGUGUGGUGGUUUCCAGUUGGGCAGUGGCCCGGGAGAUUUUCAAGACCCAGGAGCUCAACUUCUCGUCCCGGCCAGAGUUUGGGUCCUCUGAGUACUUCAUAUACCGUGGGUCAAGGUUCGUGAUGGCCCAGUAUGGGGACUACUGGCGGUUCAUGAAGAAGCUGUGCAUGACGAGGCUCCUCGCCGUGCCCCAGCUAGACAAGUUCAUUGACGUGAGGGAGGACGAGGUGGUGAGGAUCAUGGAGUCAGUGGCGAGAGCGGCAAGACGAGGAGAAACGUCUGAUCUGAGCGGAGAGUUUACAAGGCUCACCAACAACAUGAUAUGCCGGAUGGCGAUGAGCGCCCGGUGCUCAGGGACCUCCAGUGAGGCAGAGGAGAUCAAGCGGCUCGUGAAGAUCUGCCUGGAUCUAGCUGGGAAGCUUAGCGUCGGGGACAUCCUGGGACCUUUGAAGUUCCUCGACUUCUCCGGAAAUGGGGAGAAGCUCGUUUCUACGCUCCUGAAGUUCGAUCAGAUCGUCGAGAGGAUCAUUAAGGAGCACGAGAUGAGCGGCCCCGAUAAGGAGAAGAAGGAUUUGCUGGAUAUUUUGCUGGAAGUGUAUAGGGACCCAACUGCCGAAGUGAAGAUCACCCGAAAAGACAUCAAGUCCUUCUUAUUGGACAUUUUCAUGGCGGGGACUGAUACUUCCUCAGCAGCCAUGCAAUGGGCCAUGGCGGAGCUCAUCAACCGCCCACAGUGCUUCAACAAACUAAGGGACGAGAUCAACUCGGUGGUGGGGCCCACGAGGGUGGUCAAAGAAUCCGACGUCCCGAAUCUGCCCUACCUCCGGGCGGUCAUCCGGGAGACGCUGCGACUGCAUCCUUCAGCCCCAUUGAUCAUAAGGGAGUGCGCCGAGGACUGCCUGGUGGACGGCUCGCUCGUUAAGGGCGGGUCAAGGGUCCUGGUCAAUGUGUAUGCAAUCAUGCGAGACCCCGAAUUAUGGACGGAACCGGACGAGUUCAUCCCCGAGCGGUUCCUGGAGGGAUCGGAGGAGAAGAUCGGGGAGCACCAGAUGGAGUUCAAGGGGCAGAACUUCAGGUUCCUGCCCUUUGGGAGCGGGCGUAGGGGCUGCCCUGGGGCGUCGCUCGCGAUGCUGAUGAUGCACGCCACCGUGGGCUCCCUCGUGCAGUGUUUCGACUGGAAGGUCAAGGACGGAGACAAGGUCGAUCUCAGACAAGGGUCCGGGUUCGCUGCUGAGCUGGCUAAACCGCUUAUAUGCUACCCGUCCAUACACAUCAACCCCUUCCCCUUAGAUGAAUAACAUAUGGUCGUGCCAGUCUAUAUAUAUAUGUGAUAUGCUUUAAUAACGAGGGAAUAUGAUAUAGCAUGUUAAUGCAAUCAUCAAUAUCAAUAUGUAGUAGUACUGCUUUGGAGCCUGUAAAAUUGCAUGAUCACAGUAGACGUUAUAUGCUACUCGGAAAUUGCAAUAUUAUUGUUAAUUUACUGCU